ACCAAAAUUCUAUCAUUAUAUAUAAAAUUAAAAGAGCAGAAUCCAAGUGGCUGUCUUAUUAAUAGCCAAAAAUAAUACUAAUAAAUAAACAAAAAGAAGCUUAUUAACAAACGUGUUUGGUAGUUCUACUUACGAAAAUAAUAUUAUUAAAAUUAAAUCAAAUAAAUAAAAACAUGACUGGUUGUUGAGAGAGAAAGAUUUUGGAGAGAGAAGAGUCAAGACCAAAACAACUGUGAUAAAAUUCUGUGUAGAAGAAGAAGAAGAGCUUAACAUCCAUGGAGGACUCGCAAAAACAAGAGCCCCCAUCAGUCUUGAAAGUCCUCGAAGCUCUAAAACAAGCUUCCCACGACUUACAAAACAAUCCGAGUCUUGACUCGGACGAUUCCAACUCGUCCUCCAUUAAACCUCUGCUUGAGCUCGAGACCGAAUCCGACAACAUCCUUUCCAAAGACCCAAAUCUCUCUACUCUAUCAAAACACCUCUCUCACCUCAAAGCUCUGGUCCAGUCCCUCCAAAGCUCCCGUGCUCGCCACGGACUUGCCUCGUUCGUAACUCGCCGACUCACGACUCACUCCCUGUCCCGAGUCGCCGCCGCAAUCGAGUCGGAAAUCCAGUCCUGGAUUGACAGAGAGAGCGUUGAGUGUCUAAGCCGAUGUCUACGAGAACCGUCUCAGCACAACGAGGACGAGUUAGUGAAGCUCUUGACUCAGUUCGAGGACCGAGUCUCUCAAGGGUUCAAUCGCGAGUUACAGGAUUUGAUACUGAAAUCGAAACUGUUCUCUUCUCUUGAAUCGGUUCUCUGUAACCCUAACAUUUCCGUAUCCAUGAUGAUUCGGGAACACUCCGCCAUGGCCAUCUCGGCUCUGAUUCGAUUCAACAAAGACGUGUUUGUUGGCCAAGUGUUGAUGGGUCAGACGAUCAAAGCUCUGAUCACAACAAUGGCGUCCGCAAACUCGAUCGGAGUACUCUGUUCUCUGAUUCGUUCAAUCAAGUCCCCUUUGGUCGAUGAGAUCGAAUCCAACGGCCAAAUCCCCAAAAUCAUUAGCUUCCUGAGCAGCCCAGACCUGCAAAUUCGAGUCCUGGCCUUCGACUGCGUCCUCGAAAUCGGUUACUUUGGACGCAAGGAAGCCAUUGACGCCAUGCUCGAGCAAGACCUGAUAAGAAAACUGGUGGAGUUGCAGAGAUCGGAGCUGGGUGGGGAUUUAAUCGAUUUGGGUCGGUUCGAAAUGGACGAAGAAGAUAAUGAAAGUGAAAAUGAGAAUGAAAAGAGAGAAGUGAGCGUUGGCAGAAUUGAGAGUAGGAUAAGAGAGAAUAGUAGAGAGAAGAGGUUUAUGGCGAGUCAUCCAUUUGCGAGCUGUGUAGCUAGGUUUUGGGUUCAGCUAGAGGUAGGAGAAGGUCUGAGACAGAGAGAGAAGAGAGCUCUGAAGCAAUUGAUUUUGGUUAGAGUGAGAGAAGCCUCUGCUUCUGAUGCUGAAGCUGCCACCAUUGUUGCAGAGGUCUUAUGGGGUUCUUCACCUUAGAGAUUCCAAAAAGAAGAAAGAAAAAAAAAGCCAAAUUCAUUUUUGUUUUUAUAACUUAAUUAGAUUGUUAUUUUGGUUUAUGUAAAUUCAUAUGUGUACAUUUUUUUUUUUGUUCAUAGAUGUAAAUUAUUAGUUUUUAGAAUAUUCUUUUCUAUGGUUCAAAGAUUAAAAGAAUGAAUAGAAGGAGGAGAAGCAAAUUUUGUUGA